UCUUUUCAAGGAUUUACUUUUGAAAUCGUCUGUAUUUUCACCCUUUGUGGGUUUUCUCUUCAUUUCAUGAGAUUUCAGAAAAAAAAAAAAAAAAUCAAGUACUUCAUUUCCGUGUUCCUUUGGAGAGUGAAGUCCUUUUCUCUCUCCUUCCUCACAAUGGCUUCCUCGCACUUUCCACGGCUUCAUCUCUCCGAACGCAACGAUGUUUCCGACAGCUACGAUCGACUGAGUGAGUUACCCGAUUCCUUAUUACUUUUGAUUCUUUCGUUUUUGUUUUCGACGAGAUUUGCUGUUAGGACAACCAUUCUCUCCAAACGCUGGAAAGAUCUGUGGACCACCGUCCCCUGCCUUCACUUCGAUGACGAAAAUCCAGAGUUUAUUUAUGGGGUUAUUGCACAAUGGAGAGGUGCCAAGAUUCAGAGAUUCUACCUUUCUUUGUCUGAUGAGGUGCCUCUGCCUCCUACGAGUAGCGAUAUCGAAUCGUGGCUGCUUUUUGCGGCGGAGAAACAAGUGGAAGAGCUCCAUGUGUAUUUGGGAUUUGAUAUGCCUUCCUGCUGCCCACCUCAGAGUUUGUUUUCAUGCUCCUCCAUUACAACACUACACCUUGAAGAUUGUUCGUUUAAAAUCGAGGGGAGUGUGCAGUUGAAUCAACUCGUGACUUUAUCAGUCUUUUACAUUCUAGAUUCCUCGUGGGUUGAAGCCAUAAACAAAAUUCUCUCGGGCACCCCUCGCUUGGAAAAUAUGAGUUUGACUGCUGUUGCAACUGAUGGAAACUUCAAUAUCCUAUCUAGCAGUUUGAAGACGCUCAUAAUCGAGGAUGCUAAAAUAAAGGGGGUGCUCACGAUUUGGGCUCCUAAUCUUUUGACUUUAGAAAUUCGCAAAUCCUUUUCUAAUGGUGCUAGUAUUUGGUGCCAUGUCCCAUCUUUGACUGAAGCUUGUUUUGUUGACCAUAACAAUCGUGUUGGUGAUUGGCCUCUUGAACCGUGUUAUCAACUAUUGAGAAGCAUCUGCCAUGUUAAGAAGGUCACUUUAUCGUCGUUAUUGCACAUUAAGAUGCUUCUCUCCCUGAAGAAGAAGAAAGAUAUGGUUGUUCGGUUUCCAAAUGCUGAGGUUCUAAAAUAUGAAAGCUGGAACUAUAUUGAUCCUCUUGAUCUCCUUGAUCUUCUUGAGUUGUUUCCAAAGCUGAUGAUGUUAAGUUUUCAUCAAACACGCAUGCAGGAUUCUAAUCCCAUCGCUGAGACGACAUUCCCCAGUUGCUUACUGCUCCAUCUAAAGAGAGUUGAUAUGACUUGGCCUGCACGCGACCCCUCAAUAAUUCCAUUUAUAGAGAUUCUCCUGCAAAAUUCUCCCUCGCUUGAGAAGAUGGUGUUUCGUCUUAUAAAGUGUAGAUGUAAUCGUGAGAUGUUGUUGAUCAAAGAGAAGGUGCCAAGCAUGCCAAGAUCCUCCCCAACUGCUGAGGUUAUUAUAAUCUAUUGUUGAUCAAUAAAUUAAAGCGAGGUUAUUAGGAUGUGAGUGCUUGCUUUUAUGUAGUUGUGUUGUUAAUUUGAUGUACCUUUGUGUUGUUAAUUUGAUGUGUUGUUUAUUAGGCUAA